GCGUGUCGGUUUAUAACGUGUAUGUGUGUUCGGUUUCACACGCGCGGGCUGCGUGGACUGCUCCAUAAAUAAACGCAGAGGUCGUCUGCGGUGAAGUUUGUCGAGGUUUCAUCAUUUUUGUUGGAUUAAUAAAAGAGCUUUUGUUUGUAUUGCCUGGACAGACAGACAGACGUUCAGCUCUUACGUAAUGUUCACGUGGAGGGAGCAGCUCAGCGCAGCGCGUGGGUUGAGGCACUCCGCCUGCUAAACACGUAACACGAGCCUUAAAGUACACAUUUACUGCCUUAAAUGUGUAAAAUACACGAUCAGCUUUACUCAAGGACGACGCUUCCACUCCACGAGUGGCUCGCGUGAAGCGAAACACUUUAUUUUGGGUAACAGAACCCCCCUCCCUCUCACAAGGAACAUGGUAGAGUCCACAACGCGUCAUCCAUUGUUUACAAAUGAACCUUGGUUGUUAGUGUGUGUGUGAGCAGCGUGGUGAGCGCGAGCAGCGGUCCCGCGGCUCUCAUUCAUCCAGACCGAGCACAGCACAACACACGCCGAGCCGAGCCGAGCCGAGCCGAGCCACAGCCGCCGUCAUGCCGUGUCGGAAGGAGAACUACAUCUUCCUGGAGCAGUCCGUCACCGUGGACUCGAAAGAAGUGGACGCGCUCGUGACCAAGAUCGGCGAAGCGCUGCAGCUCCACAACAACAACAACAACAAUGGCGUCGGACACCACCAGAAGAAGACGGUGUCCGUGUCCGUGUCCUGUCUCCACGGGCUCGGCGGUGCCGGCGCCGGCGCGGGGAUGAAGCCGGCGGCCAUCAUCGGCUGCGGCGGCACCGGAGCUCCAGCGCAGAGACAGCGCGGCGGCUGCUGUAUGAGGCUCCGGAGCCGGAACAGCAGCAGCAGGGCGAGUCCGUAUCACAUCCCCGGGUCUAACGGUGAGCAGGACUGGGACCAGAUUAGGCCGUGGAGCAGGAAGAGGAUCGGCGCGGUGGACGACGAUGACGACCCGCACCGGCUGCUACAGGAUUUAAUUCUGUCGGGGAAUCUGAUCAAGGAGGCGGUGAGGAGGCUGCAGUUCUCCGGCGCGGCGGUGGACACCGUGUCGAGCUGAUGACGGGGCACCGGACUCACCGUGGACACACGGGAGCGACUGUCUCAGACUUUAAGUCCUCACAGGACUGGACUGGUAGCCACGGUAUUUUUCUAAUUUCAUGACAUUUUCCUCAAGAAUUUUUUUUCCCUUUUUAAUGUUUUGUUAGCGGUUAGCUUAGCUAACUGGCUAGCCUCUGCGGCUAAUGAGCCGUGUUGUUUAUGUUUGAAUGUCUGGGGGAGGGAAGGGGCGGGGCAUCUGAGAAACAAACAGACUCACUUAAAUCAACAGGAAGUCACAUUAUUUCGGUUAACAUUAGCUCAGGUGCUAACACGCGUGUAUAACCAUGGAGGACGCAUUUUCUGAACAGGAAUGACGUUUAUCAGAUUAUAUCAGAUUUAAAUCAAGUUCAUGUCAUGGAAAAACAUUUUUUUAAUGAUUUGAAAAGUGUGUUGCUAAUAUACUGUCGUAGGGAUUUAUUUCGCCACAGGGGGCGCCUGUGUCUCCAAUCCAUUCCAGAAACCUCGCAGUUUAUCUUCAACUAACCUUCAACAAAAUCUAGGUUUUCUUGGUAACACAGCACUGUUUUAUUCAGUAUUUCCUUUUACGUUCGCACUCACAAAUACGGACUGAAUAUAGUGGCUCCGCCCACAUCCUCUUUUAAAUCAUUAAAAAAAUCAACAUUUAA